ACUGUCAUCCGACUAGGGAAUAGGGACACCCUCGGCACCAACCAAUCCCUAUUCCCCCUUCCCCUCUUCGUCGAUCAGGCCUCUGGCCCUUGAAUCCUGCCUCAAACUUGUACAUUCGCCUUCUCUCCGACUCGUUCCACCAUCAGAAAAAGCUCAAUAAUUGCGCGGAACCACCCAUUGAGAGCUACAUAGGGGGAGGAACACCGGUUUCUCACCAGACCGAGAAGCACGCGCGGGGUGGGGUGUCUUUGACGGACCUUCGCCAGCCGGCAUAACGGCCUUUUGCAACUGUGCCCAGGACUUUGGUCUCGAUCGACGAGACCACUGUCUAGCCGGACGGGCCUCUUCCGAGUUGAUCUCCGGCAAAGGGCAGUCCUCCGUUUUGCAAAUCACAUACGAGAUUAGAGCUACGACAAGGGGCGACUUCGCGCGCCACGAGAUUAUCAUCAAGUAUGCGCGCGACAGCAACCCUUCCAGCUGCCGAUAACGCCCUCCUCGACGACAGCAGUAUAUCGAACAAUGGCCCAACCGCUGGCCACCGUCGCCUUGCACCAUCAUUCCCCAUCAUGUCUCAACAGAGCAACAACCAGGAGAACAGUACAUCGCUGAAAGGGAACUCUAAAGAUGGCUCGAAUGGGGGUACCAGCACGAGCACGAGUAGCCUCACGAAUGCCGGUCCUAGUAGCGAUGGGCAGUUUUGGAACAGCACACAACGACUGGCGAAGAAAUACCGCACCGAGGUUGCCGCUUCAGCCUCGAGCGUGCUGUCCACCAUGUCCACGUUCCCCCUGGACAGCGUCAAGACACGGAUGCAGACGUACAAAUAUGCCGGAUUUGUCGAUUGUGUCAAGCAGACAUAUCACACCGAGAGGCUCAGGGGCUUCUUUCGAGGCGUCACGGCCCCGAUGCUCAGCAUAACUGCGGUACGGACUGUGUCGUUUUCCAUCUAUCAGCGCUCUAAAUACGCAUAUAGUGACUGGGUCAAACGCCACUUUGGCUUUGAUGUCAUGAGCCAUGUCGCCUCCCACGGGUCGUUGCCCAAUUUCUGGACUGUUGCCACCUUUGGCGCCGCUGGCGCAACGGCCGGAUCGUGCAUAACUUUGAUAGCUUGCCCAUUCGAAUUGACUAAGCUCAGCGCGCAAGUUUCAGUUUUAAUGGCAGACAAGAAGAAUUGCCUAAAACCGGGAAGCCAUGCCAUUGCUGCGAGUUACCAAAACAAGGGAACUCUGAAGACAAUGGGAAACAUUGUGAAGCACCGAGGGCUAGGCGGUCUUUACACAGGAUUCGGCUUGCAUUUGACCCGAGAUACCCUCGGUACCGCCAUGUACUUCAUUACUUACGAAAGCAGCAAACAGCUGCUUACUACUUUUGGCGGGGCUGGCACCCAUAACAACCCCUUCGCAGUGUUGAUCGCCGGUGGCAUGUGCGGAAUAGUCUCUUGGGCAUUAAUCUACCCGGUCGACUCAGCCAAGAGCAUUUAUCAACGCAACUCGCUUAUGUAUUCAAAAGGCGAAAAGGUCGAGCCCGUCAAGAUUCGUUUUUUCCAGCGCAACAUGUAUCGCGGUCUUGGUGUAUCAAUGGCCCGGUCUUGUGCUGUUAACGCCGUCUUCUUCUCGUCAUUCGAAUUCUUGAAGAAACGCAUCAAGGCCAUGGAAGACCAUUAGCGUCGUCGCUACACAACCCAGAAAAAAAGAACCGGCCACCAUCGGCGAAUGGUA